UCGAUCCUCCCGUGGGCCGCCAUCACCGCGACGCAGCCACUCGUCUGGGUGGCGUUGGGUGUGGCGGCGGCCGUGUCGAUGCCACUGCUCCUCGGCAGCCGGCGGCGGCGCGAGUCGCUCUCAGGCAAGCACGUGCUCAUCACGGGCGGCUCGGAGGGCGUCGGCCUCGAGGUGGCCAAGAUCGCCGCGGCACGGGGCGCACGCGUCUCGCUGGUGGCGCGCACGAUGAGCAAGCUGCACGCUGCGCGCGAUGAGCUCGCCAGCUCGGCGCCCGGCGCCGCGGUGGGCGUCUUCAGCGGCGACGUCGGCGACGGCGCCGCGCUCGGCGCGGCGAUCGAGCAGGCCGAGUCGCAGCUCGGUCCGGUGGACGUGUGCAUCGCUGCGGCGGGGGCGGCGAUGCCGAAGUACUUUGAGGAGCUCCGCAUCGCCGACUACGAGCGCAUGAUGACCGUCAACUACUACGGCGUGCUGCACGCGGCGAGGCACGUGCUGCCGAAGAUGGCGGAGCGGUCGGCCGCCGACCCGAGCGUGACGCCGCACUUCGUCGCCGUCGCGUCGAUGGUUGCGGCCGUCCCCUUCAUCGGGUACGCCGCGUACGCCCCCUCCAAGGCUGCGUGCCGCUCUCUGCUCGACGUGCUGCGCAACGAGUACGCGGACACGGCGGUGCAGCUCCACAUCGCCUUCCCCCCCGACAUGGACACACCAGGCUUCCAAAAGGAGCAAGAGACCAAGCCGUACGAGACGCGGCACAUCUGGCCGGAGAUGUUCAACGAGCUCUUCCCGCCGGACAAGGCGGCAAGCCGCCUCCUCGACGACCUGCGGACGGCCGCUACUUUCUCGGUUCGCCCGACCUUUUCGGCGACCUGCUCGUCACUCGAGCGUGGGGCCACUACCCUCGCGCGAGGCCCCUCCUCGAGGCUGCGCUCGCGCCGCUCUUCGUCGGCCUGCACUGCGUGAUGGUCUGGAUGGCCGACCGCGUCGUCAAGCAGCGCAAGCACCACGGCGGACUCGCGACGCAGGGCGGCUGAGGGGGCAGGGGUGGGCCGCCUUGCGGGCUGGGGAGGGAGUGCCAUGCCCGCUCUCUCCUCGGCAGCUCGGGGAGCGGCACGCUCGCGGCGACGGCGCGCGGAAUCGGGACAUCGCGUGAGGGGGGCGGCCGGCGAUUCUCACUGACGACGACAACCAAUGGGAAUUGGGAUGUCACUGUGUGUGGCUGUGUGUGUGCCGUGAAGAACGAAAAGAAAAAUCACUUUUUACUGCAAA